CCACCUUUUUUUUCACUGAUUAACAACCAAGUUUGCAUUCUUCUUAUAGUAGUAUGUUCUGUGUCAAAAGAUGCAUUUCUUCUUCUAUUUUUAGUAUUUUGUUCUACGAUUUGACACUGUUUAUUGUCAAUAUUUCUUCGAAAUGGCCGCUACGUCUAGAUAUGACGCAAAUAAAGUUUGUUGUGUUUCUCAUCCAGAUGCUCCAUUAAUCGAGGAUUAUAGAGCAGGAGAUCAAAUAUGUUCAGAAUGUGGUUUAGUAGUUGGAGACAGAGUAAUUGAUGUUGGAUCAGAAUGGCGAACAUUUAGUAACGACAAAAAUGGAACAGAUCCUUCUCGUGUUGGUGGACCAGAAAAUCCUCUUUUGGGAGGAUCAGACUUGACGACUAUUAUCGGACCCGGUCGAGGAGAUGCUAGUUUUGAUUCAUUUGGAGUGUCUAGAUACCAGAAUCGUAGAACAAUGAACAGUUCUGAUAGGGCUUUAAUAAACGCUUUUAAAGAAAUAAACGCCAUGGCUGAUCGUAUUAAUUUACCAAGAACUAUUGUAGAUAGGGCAAAUAAUCUAUUUAAACAAGUACACGACGGUAGAAAUCUCAAAGGUCGAUCAAAUGAUGCAAUAGCUUCGGCUUGUCUAUACAUAGCCUGUAGGCAAGAAGGGGUUCCAAGAACAUUCAAAGAAAUAUGCGCUGUUAGUAAAAUUAGUAAAAGGGAAAUUGGUCGUUGUUUUAAAUUGAUACUCAAAGCAUUGGAGACUUCUGUGGAUCUCAUAACAACUGGAGAUUUUAUGUCCAGAUUUUGUUCUAAUUUGUGUUUACCCAACAUGGUGCAAAGAGCAGCUACACAUAUUGCAAGAAGAGCUGUUGAGAUGGAUAUUGUGCCGGGAAGAUCUCCAAUUUCUGUAGCUGCUGCUGCUAUUUAUAUGGCUUCACAGGCUUCGGAAGACAAGAGGAGUCAAAAAGAAAUAGGAGAUAUAGCGGGUGUAGCGGACGUUACAAUAAGACAAUCGUACAAAUUGAUGUACCCCCAUGCGGCAGGUCUUUUCCCGCAAGAUUUCAAAUUUGCUACACCUAUCGAACAUUUACCUCAAAUGUAAAUCAUUUAUACUUUCAUGUUUUAUAAUAUCCAUUUUUAAUAAAGUUUGCAUAUGUUUGAAAAGGUAAGGGUUACAAAUUACAGGGUUGCUUCUGCUUUUAAUCGUAAAAAAAAAACAAAUAGUGAAGUAAAUUUAUUUUCAGGAUAUUGUAUCACAAAAUGUAAAUAAAUUGUAGAAUCUUCAAUAUUAUUGGUUUAAAUGAAUAUAAACAUUCCACUUAUACGAAGACUGUACAGAAAGUAAUGGAUUGUGUUAUUUAUAUACUUGAAGUAUUAAUAAAAAAAAUUUCCAUCUGACAGACUUUGUAUUAUAAAAAUUCUUUUACCAUUGAUUGUAUUUAUAGUUAGAAAAGGGGGGAAAUUCAAUAAUGGGUCUCUUUCACUACACUAAAUGGUAGGUUAUUACCAUAUUGAAACGUCUGUUACUUUCUGGACAAACCUUUAAAACAUAUUUUCAUUUAGGCAACUCUAGUAUUCGCAAAAGUAGCUUUUGAAACAAAAGUGUGUAUAUUAUAAAAAAAACAUUUAAAAGUGAAUUUUCUUCGAUAAUCUUCCUAUUAAUGAAGUUUCCAGCUCGAUUUGGUUCAUCUUGUCAAUGAAAAUGUUUUGUUUAAAAAAUUUUUGUACUAGGCUUGGAUAAAGUUAAUAAUUUUUUUUCUGUACUUGUAGUGAAAUGUUUUAUAAUAGAUUAUUAAAUAAUAAAAGUUUUUUUCAAUA